CGUGGAGACGGGAGGGUAGAGGUAGGCUGUCUAGAUUUGAGUUUGUCUUCCUCUGAGAAAGCAGGGGCAUUUUGCGAGGAAAGAAGGCGUUCAUUGAGAAGUAAGAAAGCUGGAUGUGCGAGUGUGGGGGGUGAAGCUCCGGAAAGCCGCUUUAAUGUGAGCAUGGGCGGCGUUUUCCGCCUGUGGUCUUCCCGAGGUAGGAAACAGCUUCCAUAUGUGGGGAGAGAGAUCGGACUGUUCAUGCAAACUCAGGCACCAAGUCCAGUGCAUGCAUAAAACAGUAUUUUAUUCUUUAAAUAUAAUCUCCACUCGUGUUUUCCCCACGAAUAUCACCGAGAUGCGGUGGAGCGACCCGUGACCCCCUGCAGCGAUACUCCCCUCCUGGGCCAGCAGGUCGGGUCAGUCAGUCCACUUUAGGAGGAACAACAAAGAGAAAUCACCCCAUGCAUGGACAUCAAACCACCGGAGAUUAAAUACAAUGUGAAGAGAGGGCGUGGAAGAGGCACAGGCCAAAUUCCACAGUGAUGGGACACGACAUGCGGGUUUAGGUCACUUCUUGAUGCCCCGUCUCCCUCGGUCCCUCCUUUUGUGUUCACCGACAUGGAUAAACUCACGGUGAUAUCAGGAUGUCUCUUUCUAGCUGCGGACAUCUUCGCCAUCGCCAGCGUUGCCAACCCGGACUGGAUCAACAUCGGAGAAUCAGGCGGCUCUUUGACUUUGGGUCUCAUCCGGCAGUGCCAGACCAUCCAUGGCCGAGAUCGGACCUGCACCCCCCCACGGCUGCCGGGAGAGUGGAUCACCGUGCUGCUCUUCAUCAUCCUGGGCAUCAUCUCCCUUACAGUCACCUGCGGUCUUGUUGUGAUGUCACACUGGCACCGAGAGGCCAGCAGAUAUGCCCGAUGGAUCGCCUUCACGGGGAUGAUCCUGUUCUGUAUGGCUGCGUUCAUUUUCCCAAUUGGAUUCUACAUCAACGAGGUUGGAGGACAGCCAUAUAAGCUGCCCAACAACACAGUGGUGGGCUCCUCCUACGUACUCUUCAUUCUGUCCAUAUUCUUCACCAUAGUGGGACUGCUGUUUGCCGGGAAGGUGUGCCUGCCCGGCUGACAAACUCACGUUCUCUUUUUAAACGCAUAAAAAAACCGCCACCAC